CUUCCCUCUCAUUUCCCACUCCUCAUUUCCAUUUUCAAUUUUAAUUUCCUCUCUAACCCUAACCCUAACCCUAACCCUAACCCUAUCCCUCCCCGUCACAAAAGAAAACCCUCUUUGUCCGAUCAUCGUCGUCAAGAUGUUGGAACUCCGUCUCGUGCAAGGCUCCCUCCUGAAGAAGGUUUUGGAAUCCGUCAAGGAGCUCGUGAACGACGCGAACUUCGACUGCUCCUCCACCGGGUUCUCCCUCCAGGCCAUGGACUCCAGCCACGUCGCCCUCGUCGCUCUCCUCCUCCGAUCCGAGGGCUUCGAGCACUACCGCUGCGACCGCAACAUCUCCAUGGGCAUGAACCUCAACAACAUGGCCAAGAUGCUUAAGUGUGCUGGUAAUGACGACAUCAUCACCAUCAAGGCCGACGACGGCAGCGACACUGUCACUUUCAUGUUCGAAAGCCCUACACAAGACAAGAUUUCUGAUUUUGAAAUGAAGCUGAUGGACAUUGAUAGUGAACACCUUGGGAUUCCGGAGGCAGAGUAUCAUGCUAUUGUUAAGAUGCCAUCCUCUGAGUUUGCUAGGAUCUGCAAGGAUCUCAGUAGUAUUGGUGACACUGUUGUCAUUUCGGUUACUAAGGAGGGUGUGAAGUUUUCCACCAAAGGAGAUAUUGGAACUGCCAAUAUAGUUUGUAGGCAGAAUACUUCUGUGGACAAGCCUGAAGAAGCAACUGUCAUUGAGAUGAAUGAGCCCGUGUCCUUGACAUUUGCUUUGCGAUAUAUGAACUCUUUUACAAAGGCAACGCCAUUGUCUAACACAGUUACCAUUAGUCUUUCAAAUGAGUUGCCAGUUGUUGUUGAGUACAAGAUUGCUGAGAUGGGUUAUGUGCGGUUCUAUUUGGCUCCCAAGAUAGAAGAGGAUGAAGAAGAUACGAAACCUCAAGUUUAAUCUACCUAUUAGAUGGUUGGGUUAGGAUAUUAGGAUUUUAAUGUCUUUGAACUUGUAGCUUUCGUUAUACAUCUUCUGUUGAAGAUAUUUUAACCGUGUGAGCAAUGAAUUCACAUUUUGUGGAUUUCUUAGAUGUGUAUUGGUUACCUACCACCUUAUUUUCCCUCGAUUUGAUUGUUAAGAACAAUUCGAAACAAUUGGUGUGUAUUUUUCAUGUUGAUGCGUUUUUAUUUGUGAA